AUGGUAUCACUUGAUGGUUCUCCGAAGGGUAAAGGCCUAAAUCGUGAUUCUAAGCUCCAAACAGUUGUCUGCUAUCUCGUUUCGAGUUUGAUUGACUCAUCGAAGAUCAAUCGUGAACUAAGAGUUCACGAAUCAAGCAAUCGAGAUAGUUUAUCCGGAUUACUGUUUGAAAAUCGAAGAACAAUAAAGAUGCCUAAGGAAAGAAGAGACCGAUCCGUCUCCAUCGACAGGUCUUGGACAUCUCCAUACGUCUGCAACACCAGUCAUUCAAAACGAUCACUUUCCAAAAACCCAUUAGAAUCCGAAAACAUAAAAGAAUGGGAAGAAGCUCGAUGCCCAGUAUGUAUGGAACACCCACACAACGCCAUCCUCCUGCUCUGUUCUUCCCAUGAAAAAGGUUGUCGCCCAUUCAUGUGUGACACAAGCUAUCGCCAUUCCAACUGCUUUGACCAAUUCCAGAAAGCAUCUUCUGAAUCAUUAGAAACACCACCAACACCAACACCUACACCUACACCUACACCAACAUCAACGCAAACACCAGUCACAACACUAACCUGCCCGCUAUGUCGCGGGCAGGUGACCGGAUGGAUAGUGGUGGAAGCUGCCCGAGGAUUCAUGAAUGGAAAAACCCGAAGCUGUGCUAGUGAAACAUGCGAGUUUUCAGGAACAUAUGCUGACCUGAGAAAGCACGCGAGGCUGGAUCACCCGUUGGUGAGACCAUCAGAAGCUGAUCCAAACAGACAAAGGGAUUGGAGGAGGUUAGAAAGACAAAGAGACAUGGGAGAUUUAUUGAGCACUCUUCAAUCUUCUAUAGCUGAUGAAAAUGGUGAAAAUCUUGAAAAUGGUGUAACAGGAAAUAGUGGUGCUACUACUGCUUUAUCUUUUGAUGAAGGUGGUUGGUUGACCGUGUUUUUCUUGAUUAGGGUUUUUAGACCGCGAAGCGGCUCAAGGAGUAGUAGUAGUUGGUCCGGGACCUCGCGGGCCCGGGCCCAUGUCACAAUUAGGAGGAGACCGAGUACACGGUUGUGGGGGGAGAGUCAUAAUGAAGGAGUUGUAGAUGAUGUUGAUAAUGAUGAUGAUGGUGAUGAUGAAAAGUGUCAUUGUGAAGAGAGAAGAAUCUUUGGCUCGUUCUUCUUUUAUAUGGACAUGGAGUUUGGAGAUUUGUAAGAGAAAAGAGAGAGAGGGAGAGAGAAGGGAGCAAGAAAUUUGAAACUGUAAUUUUAACUUGAAACUUAUAUGAUUUGUUUAUACAUCUUCAAUCAUUGAGAUUUAUCAAGUACUUCUAUCCGUCGUUUGUUUAUCUUGUUGCUAAUGAGUCAACUCGGUAGGGGUAUUUUCGUCAUUUUGUUGGGUUUGGGAGGUUAAAAUGGAGUAGUGUCAUUGUCAUAGUUGUUUCUCAUUUUAUUCGGUUUGGGGUCAUUAUGGAGUAGAAUCAUGAUCAUUUUUCAUGUUGCCCUUCAAUUGGGUCAACUUGUUAGGGGUAUUAUGGUCUUUUUUGUUUGCAUUAGGGGAAUUGUGUUGUAUUUCGCGGUCCCUUAAAGAUGCUCUUUUAACUUUAGUUAGGCAUUUUGUUGGCAUUGUGGUCAUUGUAGUGUACUCCAAAACUUUAAUUAGGCAAACCUAAUAAGGGG